AUGCAAGCUCUCAACAACUUCUUCACAUUCACUCCUCAGACCUUCAUUCUGGUUGGGAUCCCUGGACUGGAAGCUGAGCACAUCAGAAUUUCUAUUCCCUUCUGCCUGAUGUACACUAUCAUCUUCCUGGGUAAUGGCAUUAUUCUCCAUGUAAUUCGGGUUGACCAACUUCAUCAGCCCAUGUAUCUUUUCUUGGCCAUGUUGGCGUCAGUUGAGCUCGGUGUCACCACAUGUACACUGCCUACUGUCUUGGGCAUCUUCCUCUUUGACAACAAUGAAAUCAGCUUUGAAGCCUGCCUGUUCCAGAUGUUCUUUAUGCAUUCCUUUACCAUGAUGGAGUCAGGAAUCUUACUGGCCAUGUCUGUGAACCGCUUCAUAGCCAUCUACAACCCACUGCGCUACAUGGCCAUCCUGACCCUGCCUCGAAUUGCCUGCACAGGGAUUGCCAUCGGGCUAAAGACCUUGGGGCUCAUGCUUCCACUGCCCUUACUCUUAAGGCGCUUGCCUUUCUGUGGGCACAAUACUCUGUCCCAUUCUUAUUGCCUACACUCAGACCUGAUCAAGUUGCCUUGUGGAAACACCCGCCCAAACAGCAUCCUGGGGCUCUUCAUUGUCAUCUUCACCUUUGGAGUAGACUCAAUGCUCAUCAUCGUCUCUUAUGUACUUAUCCUUCGAACAGUGCUGGGCAUUGCCUCCAAGGAAGGUCGAUGGAAGGCACUUAAUACAUGUGUGUCACAUAUCUGUGCUGUGCUUGCAUACUAUGUACCUGUGAUUAGUCUUUCUGUGUUACAUCGCUUCAUGCACCCUGUGCCUCCCCUGCUGCAGGUCAUGAUGUCCAAUGCUUACCUCUUAUUCCCACCUAUGGUCAACCCAAUUGUCUACAGUGUGAAGACCAAAGAAAUACGGUGAGCUAUCGUACAAACACUGUCCAGGA